AUGCCAGGCGAAGUCAUCGUUCAGGUUUUCCACGAAAAUAUGUAUGGAGUAGAACGCGUCGAAUUACUGCGAGGCGAUGCUGCAUAUGAUUAUCUCAAAACUCAAUCACGCAAUCAAAAAGAUUUUGAAGAGAAUUUAAGCCUUUGUACAGUUCCUCCAAAUUGGACGUAUUGUGCUCCACCUCCACAGAAAUAUUCAUUACAAUACAAUACUCCACUCUGUGUACCAUUAUCAUUCCCACCAAAUGCUAAACCAGGCGAAUACGUAGCUCAGGUAUAUAAACGGAAAGGACGCAAUAUUGUUCCUGAUCAAAUCCGAAGAGGUAAAACAGCUAUUGAAUUUCUUCAGCGCAUUACCCUUCACCAUCCAGAAGAAUUUGAUAAAUGUCUAAAGCUUUGUACAGUUCCAUUUCAAGGACAGUACCCUCCUCAACCUAAUUUUGAUAUGUAUAAUGCACAACAAAUGAAUCCACCAUUCAUACAAUUUGAUGAUCCUACUGAUGAAGCAGGCAAAUCUCCAGUUAAACCUCUUCCAUCAUGUGUACCUUAUCCAUUCCCACCAGAUGCUACCCCAGGCGAAGUCAUCGUUCAGGUUUUCCACGAAAAUAAUUAUGGAGUAGAGCGCGUCGAAUUACUGCGAGGUGAUGCUGCAUAUGAUUAUCUCAAAACUCAUUCAUGCAAGCAAAAAGAUUUUGAAGAGAAUUUAAGCCUUUGUACAGUUCCUCCAAAUUGGACGUAUUGUGCUCCACCUCCACAGAAAUAUUCAUUACAAUACAAUACUCCACUCUGUGUACCAUUAUCAUUCCCACCAAAUGCUAAACCAGGCGAAUACGUAGCUCAGGUAUAUAAACGGAAAGGACGCAAUAUUGUUCCUGAUCAAAUCCGAAGAGGUAAAACAGCUAUUGAAUUUCUUCAGCGCAUUACCCUUCACCAUCCAGAAGAAUUUGAUAAAUGUCUAAAACUUUGUACAGUUCCAUUUCAAGGACAAUAUCCUCCUCAAUGA